AGACAACUACACCAAUUUUUAAGAUUUUGGGUAUGCCCGGUGCCCACCAGCUGCCAAAGAGCCAAACGGACACCACGAAACGACAUCUCACGCCAAUUCUUCCGUUUUUUUGGAUCUUUCGCGUACAAAAAAAACAGUAUACGCGAAGAUACAGAAAUAAAUGGAUCCAGUUGAGGUGGACGAGCAUUUGGCACGUCUUAAUCAGGCGCGUGAAAUUGUAAAAGGAGAACAUUCCUUCUUUCCUCAAAUUGUUAAAGAAAUUCUGUCAGUAGCAAAUUACCCAGACACCCGGUUAAAAAAAUGGAUGGCCAAUUUCUUGUGGUUAGGCUUUUCAAAUGAGAAGUUUGAUUACUUACAAAAAAUGGAAUUGUCCAUCGCGUGUCUGGACACAAUAUGCUUACUAUUGGAAGAGAAGGAUACUCACAUUCGAAAGGGCAUUAUAGACUGCAUAUGUUGUAUUUAUCCAUUGUUAUUUCUUCAUCUUUGUAAGUCACCAAAUGAUGAAAAAACACUGGCUGCAGUAAAACGCAUCAAAAGUAAUAUUUUGCCAGAUUUGAAACAUAAACUACAUUCCAUAAGGAUAUGCUGCAUUAAAUUUGCAUCAAUUGUAGUUUUGACUCAGUCGCCGGGACUUAGGGACCCUCGCCUAGUUAAAAAAGACGACAUCUCUUCGUUGAAAAUACCGCCUCACCAUCCGUCACUUAAGUCUAACGACCUUGAAAAGGAGGCUAUGGAGAUUCUACAAAGUCUUUUAAGUGCUUUUGACGGAAACACCAGCGAUCCCCUAUACAUUUCCGCAGUAUUAAAUACUUUACCUAUUCUUGUUAAGAGGAGACAAGCCCUGUUAGCUCCGGUUAUGGAUGUUGUCCUCAAGUUUAACGUUCCUAAAUUGACUGAUCCUAGUGUCAGUCCUCAGCAAUUGCAGCUGUCAAAAAAGUGCAUUGAGAAGUCUGUUCGGGUCACACUUAUUCACCUGAUCCGAAAUGGAUGUGCUGGUCCUUAUACGAAUAAGAUACAUGCUUACUUAGCCGGCCAACUGAUGACUGGAAAGGGCGAUGAAAAGGCUCGGAAACGACCUCACGGUGAAGUGGAAUCUUCACUGUCCAAGCGGACACGCUCCGAUGUUGUUCAUAAUAUCAUGGGUCACAUGCCAUCCGGCCCGGCAGUAUCAACUCGCGCUGCGGAUACUGCCAAUCCACUUGUUUCUAUCUUUGCUUCACAAGCAAGCAAUAAUCCUCUUCAUAACUUCGACGUAACGUCAGUUCCAGUUGAAAUUGCGAGUGAGAUCGUCUUGGCAUCCUUGACUCAAGUCGACCCUGCUAUGCUAAAAAGACAACUGUACAUGCUUCGCGAGCGUGUGAACUCUCUCACCAGCGGAACUGCUACAGCUGCUGAUGUGGAAGAUGAUGAAGACGAAGACGACUAUGAACCACCUGAAGUGGAUGUAAACUCUAUUAACGACAGUGUAGUCCGACAGGCAAACCGUAUGGAAGGUACAUCGGCCAUGGCCAAAUCGGAGGACUCCUUUAAGUUGGAAACUCCCGAUAAGCUACCACCCAUGGCUUUGUUGGAAUCUUUUUACACUGCGUUUUCCCGCCUUUUUAGUUAUUGUCCCCUCUUUGAAAAAUCCAUUAUCUCAAACUCUGCCCUUCAACUUAAUACCCUGGAACGAGUGAACAAUGCCGUCUGGGACAAGCACCACUGGUCACUUAUUAUUCCUCGCCUGUGUACUCGCGGAUUGAGUAACUUCCAACCCAUUCCCGAACAAGAGAAUACUUCUGAAAGCCAGUUUACGCUUUCCUCUUUUGUGCGUGGCCAGCUGUACAAUUUUAUCAUCUCUAACUGGCGGACAACUACCGAGCUGUCCUUGAAUUGGCUUUGCGAAGAAUGGUUGAAUGAUGCGCGAAUGAAUGAGAUUCCUCAAGAACCUAACUCAACCUUAGUUUGGGAAGGUCCGCAAUAUGAAAAAUGGGCACUUAAACUUAUUGAUGCCAUUCUCCCUUACCUCGAAUCUCGCGAUAAGGUUUUCAUGAUCUUUAUGUCCGAAUUACCAGAACUUACUCCUAACAUUGUUCAGCGUAUUCGGCAGGUGUGUUUGGAUCCAGAUAAAGUCAAAUUAGGUUUCAUGACACUACAAUAUUUGAUCACUUUCCGGCCCCCAUCGCGCGAUCUAUGUCUUGAACUUGUGGAAUCUUUAUGGAAAGAAAAUGGGGAACUGAGAGCAUAUGCUUCAAAAUUGCUAAAGAGGUGGAGACCAAGCUUCCUCGAGCAACAAAAGAAGGAAGAAGCACAAGCUGCGAAUGCAUCCACUAAUCAGGCCUCUGAUCGAGUGAGUACAACUUCCUAAUCAAACAUGGAACUAAGGUUACGAAAUGUCUAAAUCUAACGACUCCGAGUACGGGUUUCUCAAAAUAAUUGUAGUUAAAGUUUAUGAAUGUGUUGGGUGAGAACGAGCAUAUAAAA